AGAGUCCGUGAUUGAAUGCUCCCAGACAAGGCUUCCCUUUGUUAGCAAAAGAAAAUAAAGCGUGCAUUCACAUCCCCAAGUUGAGGUGCGAGAGGAGCUCUCGCAGCAGAGCGGACACCAACAGAAAGCCUCUUCCACCUUCUUGUCUUCCUCCGUCUGGUCCAUUUUCUUCCCGCUUCCCCGCCCCCCCAUAAAAAGGAAAAAAAGAGUGUGGGUGCGGAGAUGGAGUAUGUAUUUAUUUUACAAAAAUAAAUCAUCAUCUUCAGGCUAUUUGUAGACCGGAACCUUUCAAGCAAUGAGUGCGCCGCAUGGACCAGUGCCCUGGCGACUCCUCCGUGUCCGCGUCACCCCGGGGGCCACCCUGGUGCCCGCGCCGCCUGCGCCUCGGCCUCCGGCCUUCCAACUCCCUUCCUCCGCAGCCGCUGUUCACCCUCUGCUGUUUGUUUGUCCGCAGAGCGCCCAGACACCGGAAACAGUGGUUCCCUGAGCGCCUGGAGCUGGAGACACUCUCGAGUUCAGUCUUCGACAUCUUUCGAGGUCUGCGCUGGGCGGCCAUUGGCGGCGGAGCGUCACGUGACCGCGGGGGCGUGCCAAUGUGCGCCCUCACGGGUGUCAAGCCCCUGUCAGAGUGUGCGAUCAAGAUCGUGAAACAACGCGAUGCAAAAAGCGACCUACUACGACAGCUCGGCGAUCUACGGUGGCUACCCUUACCAGGCAGCCAACGGGUUCGGUUAUAAUGCCAGUCAGCAGCCGUACCCGGCGUCCGCAGCACUGGGUGCCGACGGCGAGUACCACAGACCCGCCUGUUCGCUCCAGUCGCCCGCAAAUGCCGGGGGCCACCCCAAGGCGCACGAGCUGAGCGAGGCGUGUCUGCGCACCCUGAGCGGUCCGCCCAGCCAGCCCCCGGGCCUGGGCGAGCCGCCCCUGGCCCCGCCGCCGCCGCCCCAGGCCGCGCCCCCUGCCCCACCGCAGCCGCAACCCCCGCCGCAGCCCCCUGCGCCUGCCCCUGCCGCGCCCCCGCCCCCCUCGUCAGUCUCCCCCCCUCAGAAUGGCAGCAGCAACCCCACCCCCGCCAGCGCAGCCAAGAGCCCCCUACUCAACUCGCCCACCGUGGCCAAACAAAUCUUC